UGUGUGUGUGUGUGUGUGUACCUGGAAAGGCCCCAGGCCAAUGCUACCAUUUGAACUAGCUCCUGAAGGAAGAAUAGGGUGGCUGCCCAUCACUGCAAAUUCAGUGCAACCUCAGAGCUCCAAAUUCCUCAAUUCACAAAGACAAAUGCAAAGAUCUAAAGAGAGGAAAGUUAAUGAAAUUUACAACUGGAUUCUUGGAUUCUUUCCAGGAAAGCAGGUUUAUGGAGUGGUCAACAAAAUGGUACAGGGUCCUAAAAAAAAGAAACGCGGAAGUGGAGGAAAAAAAGAAAAAGGACUGAGUGGACCACGGUAGAGAAGAAACACUUUGGAGAAUUCACACAGCAUUUCCUUUUGCUAGUGGGUGUGGCCGAAUAUUCUCCCCCGAUCCCCAAAGCUGGUGAUGAGUGAAUUGUCAACAUCGCAGCACAAGCUCUUACCCCCGAGACGGGCCAAGGGGCGGGUCUGAGCGCUCGAUUGGCAGCAGCAGGGAGGAAGAAGACAGCACCGGACAGGAUAGGGUAGAGAGGGGCCGGGCUUGGCUGGGCCCUCCCGGAGGCAAGCACAGGGACCAAGGACACUCUGCUUUAGAUCUACGUGUAGGUCUGGUUCGUACCCUCCAGUGGAGAGGCUCAUCCGCUGUCAUACGCCUGGACUUGGGACACACACACACAGACACACACACAGAAGCACACCCGCACGCACGCAGUGACACACAACGUGAGCGCGCGCGUACACUGACACCCACAUUCACACGCUCACAUUCAAAGGUGGCGUCAGCCACAUCAAGGACGCCCGCCAGCUCGCAGCGCGUCGUGCUCCCCGCCUCCAUUGCCAUGGCAGAGGGUGCCUACCUAGGAUGGGACUUCAGCACCCAGCAGGUGAAGGUCAUUGCUGUUGAUGAAAAACUGAAUGUCACCUAUGAGGAGAGCAUUAAUUUUGACAAAGAGCUUCCAGAAUUUGGGACCCAGGGCGGAGUACAUGUUCAUAGUGACAAGCUCACAGUGACUUCUCCUGUUUUAAUGUGGAUCAAGGCCUUGGAUAUAAUCUUGGAGAAGAUGAAGUCUUCUGGUUUCAACUUUUCUCGAGUCAGAGCUUUGUCUGGGGCUGGCCAGCAACAUGGAAGUGUAUAUUGGAAAAGAGGGGCCUGCCAAACUUUGAGGAAUUUAUCACCUGAUCUUCCUUUACACCAGCAAUUAAAGUCCUCUUUCUCACUCUCUGACUGCCCCAUCUGGAUGGACUCCAGCACCACAGUGCAAUGCCGCAACUUGGAGAAAGCAGUUAAAGGGGCCCAGAAUCUCAGUGAAAUCACAGGGUCCCGUGCCUAUGAGCGUUUUACAGGAAACCAGAUAGCAAAGAUUUUCAAGGAGAACCCUGUUGCCUACUCACAAACUGAGAGAAUUGCUUUGGUCAGUAGUUUUGCAGCUUCCCUUUUCCUUGGAUCCUAUACACCCAUCGAUUAUAGUGAUGGUUCUGGGAUGAAUUUAUUGCACAUACGUAAAAAAUCCUGGUCCCAGCCCUGCCUUGAUGCAUGCGCACUUGAGUUACGGGAGAAACUUGGACCAGCAGUACCUUCAAAUUCAAUACUGGGGCCUAUUUCUUCCUAUCUCGUUCAGCGUUAUGGGUUCAACUCCGAAUGUAAAGUAAUAGCCUUCACUGGAGAUAAUCCAGCAUCUUUAGCUGGAAUGAGACUGGAAGAAGGUGAUAUUGCAGUCAGCCUUGGCACCAGUGAUACAUUGUUUCUCUGGAUCAAGGAGCCAACCCCCGCUUUAGAAGGCCACAUCUUCUGCAACCCUGUUAAUUCUCAAGAGUACAUGGCCCUUUUGUGCUUUAAGAAUGGGUCUCUCAUGAGAGAGAAGGUCCGAGAUGAGUCUGCUUCAGGCUCAUGGGAGGAAUUCUCCAUAGCUCUACAAUCCACUGAAAUUGGAAAUUGUGGAAAUCUUGGUUUUUAUUUUGAUGUGAUGGAAAUUACUCCAGAGACCACAGGGCGUCACAGGUUUAAUGCAGACAAUCAGAAGGUAGCAAAUUUUCCUAAAAAGAUAGAGAUUCGGGCUUUGAUUGAAGGACAGUUCAUGGCCAAAAGGAUUCAUGCUGAAAAGCUGGGCUAUAGAGUUGUGCCAAGUACCAAGAUUCUGGCUACUGGAGGAGCUUCACAUAAUAAAGACAUUUUACAGGUUUUGUCUGAUGUGUUCAACGCCCCAGUGUACACUAUUGAAACUGCCAAUUCAGCUUGUUUGGGAUGUGCAUAUAGAGCAAUUCAUGGCCUCACAGUAGGGGGAAAUGUUUCCUUUGCUGAUGUUGUGAAAUUAGCCCCGGAGCCCAGAUUAGCCGCUACACCAACUGCUGGAGCAGCUCAGGUCUAUGGGCCACUCCUCAAGAGGUAUGCUGAGUUGGAGGAGCAAAUUGUCCUGCAGUCUCAUGCACCGGCCAAGUGAGAAGUUGGAGCCUGCCUCCGAAUUGUCAUGAAUUUUGAAAAGAUGAAUCAACAUAUUUUGAAAUUUUCUGUGAUUGCUCUGUUUCAUCCUCAGGUUAACCAAGCAUAAUGAAUAGGGGUCCAAUUCAAUAGUCUCCUCCAGGAAGCUCAGCACAAACACACUGGUCUACUUUGAGCCUCCUCUUACCUCCUACAACAAACUUGAUUGGACAUUGCUAUAACCAGUUGUUUCAAUGUUGCGUCUUGUCUCUCCAAAUGGAUUGUAAUCAUUUUAAAGAAAGGGACCACAUUCCUUGUGUAAAAUCACCCUGACCAUGGUCUCACAUUUUUGUGAGAUUUUAAUUAAACUUCCUGCUGAAGUGCAACAUUUCCAAAACAAUGUUCACAAGGAAUUGUAACAUGGUUUCACCUAAACUUUCACCAAAGUGGCUCACAGAGAUAGGUAGAAUGUAUAUAUUACUUGUUUCCCAUGUACUUUCAAACCUGAUCACUCAUUAAUUAUGAUAAUGAAUUGAAACCAAAAAUAAAAAUAAUUAUGCAGCCUUUAAAGUUUGCCUAAAAAUUCAUAUAUUUUAUCUCAUUUGAGCUUCACAAUAAGGGAAGUACUUCAUCAGUAGGUAUUAGUAUGUCCAUUUUAUAGAUGAAGAAACUGAGAAUCAGUUAGCAAGUAUUAGACAGGACUUGAAUCUCGAUCUUCUUCAUUUUAUUAUGGCCAGCAUGCCAUGUUCUAUACAAAAUCUGGGUCACAGAAGUUAUAAGCAAGGGUUAAAUCGCUUAUUGAUACAGGCAAUCAGUGAAGGUUCAAAUAGCAGAUAAUGGGAUGCAGGACCCAAUAAGCAGUGGAUGGGCACAAACCCACCUGAGUGAUGGGCAGCCAGCAGAAAUCUAUGUAGGCAGAUGUUAUAGCAUCUGGAAAGUCCAAGAAGGAGGAAUUAAGAAUCUUGUCUUUGUGAGACAGAGCAGGGUAAGUAGUGCUAGGGGAAAUGGUAAAAGACAGAAAGUUGUCACUAGUGAUUUUAAUGCAUUGAUUGUUUUAUAAUGAAGAGACCACUAGAUUUUGGAGUCAAAAGGCUUCAAUUCAUAGUCCAACUUUGCUGUUUAUUGCCAUGUAACCUUUUUUUUUUUUUUUUUUAAAUAACUUUUUAUUGACAGAACCCAUGCCAGGGUAAUUUUUUUACAACAUUAUCCCUUGCACUCAAUUCUGUUCUGAUUUUUCCCCUCCCUCCCUCCACCCCUCCCCCAGAUAGCAAGCAGUCCUUUACAUGUUAACUAUGUCACAGUAUAUCCUAGAUACAAUAUAUGUGUGCAGAACCGAACAGUUCUCUUGUUGCACAGGGAGAAUUGGAUUCAGAAGGUAGAAAUAACCCGGGAAGAAAAACAAAAAUGCAAGCAGUUUAUAUUCAUUUCUCAGUGUUUUUUCUUUGGGUGUAGCUGCUUCUGUCCAUCCUUGAUCACUUGAAACUGAAUUAGCUCUCUUUAUCGAAGAGAUCCACUUCCAUCAGAAUACAUCCUCAUACAGUAUCUUUGUUGAGGUAUAUAAUGAUCUCCUGGUUCUGCUCAUUUCACUCAGCAUCAGUUCAUGUAAGUCUCGCCAAUCCUCUCUGUAUUCAUCCUGCUGGUCAUUUCUUACAGAACAAUAAUAUUCCAUAACAUUCAUAUACCACAAUUUACCCAAUCAUUCUUCAAUUGAUGGGCAUCCAUUCAUUUUCCAGCUUCUAGCCACUACAAACAGGGCUACCACAAACAUUUUGGCACAUACAGGGCCUUUCCCUUCUUUAAUAUCUCUUUGGGGUAUAAGCCCAAUAGAAACACUGCUGGAUCAAAGGGUAUGCACAGUUUGAUAACUUUUUGAGCAUAGUUCCAAAUUGCUCUCCAGAAUGUAUUGCCAUGUAACCUUGAACAAGGCAUAUUUUCUCAUUAAGUCUAGUUUCCUCAUCUGUAAAAAUAGGUGGAAGAGAUUGGGCCCAAUUAGAGGUGUCAAACCCAAAAGUCCAUCAAAACUCUGCGUGGCCUGUAAAAAUAGGUUGAAGAGAUUGGGCCCAAUUAGAGGUGUCAAACCCAAAAGUCCAUCAAAACUCUGCGUGGCCUGCAAACAGAAUAAGAUGUAAUUGGAAAAUAUUUAACAAAAUAAAUAAAAAUACAAUAUAAAAUUGA